AUGGCAGUCGACAUGAACAUCAAGGAACUUCUGGUCAUAGGAGAUUCUAAUCUACUGAUACAUCAAGUUCAAGGUGAAUGGACUGCCAAAAGUGUCAAGAGCAUUCUAUACCUGCAAUGUGUGAAAGAGUUGUGCAAUAAAUUCAUCAAGAUCGAAUUCAGACAUGUUCUCAAAAUCCAGAAUGAGUUUGCCAAUGCUCUUGCAACCUUGUCAUCUAUUAUCCAACAUCCAAAUAAGAAUUACAUCAACCCAAUUGAGAUAGAGUUUUGGGAUCAGCACACGUACUAUUUCCAUGUAGAUGAAGAGGUAGACGAUAAGUCGUGGUACUACUACAUCAAAAGGUUCCUUAAACCAAGCGAAUACUGUGAUAAUGCCACCCGUGGUCAGAAACGAGCAUUACGAACACUAGCAAAUCACUUUUUCCUUAACGAGGAAUUAUUGUACAGGAGGAUACCAAACUUUAAUCUAUUAAGGUGUGUAGAUGCCGCUGAAGGAACCAGAUUACUGGAAGAAAUACACGCAAGAACAUGA